AUGGUUGGGUUGGGACCUAAACGCAAGCCCUCCCGCAAGGGGUCUAUGGCCGAUGUGCCAAAGAGUCUGCUUGACGAGAUCGCGAACCUGGAGAACCAAUUCACGGUCGACGCCGACAGGCUGAAGAAAGUCACCAGCCACUUCGUCACGGAGCUAGAAGCCGGGUUGGAAAAGGAAGGUGCCAACAUACCGAUGAACCCGACCUGGGUCAUGGCUUUUCCAGACGGAGACGAGCAGGGCACUUUUCUGGCUCUGGAUAUGGGCGGUACCAACCUCCGUGUGUGUGAGAUCACCCUCACCGAGGAGAAGGGGGAGUUCGACAUUAUCCAGAGCAAAUACCGCAUGCCCGAGGAACUGAAGACGGGGACGGCGGACGAACUCUGGGAAUAUAUUGCCGACUGCCUGCAGCAGUUCAUUGAGUUCCAUCAUGAGGAGGAGAACCUGCCCGACCUACCCCUUGGCUUUACCUUUUCGUAUCCAGCGACACAACAUUACAUCGACCACGGUAUUCUCCAAAGAUGGACCAAAGGGUUUGAUAUCUCGGGUGUGGAAGGAGAGGACGUUGUCCCUCAAUUCCAGGCCGCGCUGAAAGCAAGGAAUCUACCUAUCAAGCUGGUGGCUCUCAUCAAUGACACCACGGGCACCUUGAUUGCCUCAGCAUACACUGAUCAGGCUAUGAAGAUUGGUUGCAUUUUCGGCACCGGAUGCAAUGCUGCUUAUAUGGAAAACUGUGGCUCGAUACCAAAGCUGAAGCAUCUGAACCUUCCCGAUGACUGCCCCAUGGCUAUCAACUGCGAAUACGGUGCUUUUGACAACGAACACAAAGUUUUGCCCAUCACAAAGUACGACACCAUCAUUGAUGAGACCUCUCCCAGACCAGGUCAGCAGGCCUUUGAGAAAAUGAUUGCCGGUUUGUACCUGGGCGAAAUCUUCCGCCUGGUGCUUGUUGACCUCCACGAAAACAAGAAUCUGCUAUUUGAGGGUCAGGACAUCUCAAAACUGAAGAAACCCUAUACCAUCGACGCCUCGUUCCUUGCAGCGAUCGAGGAAGAUCCAUUCGAAAACUUGCAAGAGACACACGACCUGUUUGAGAAAGAGCUUCACAUCACGGCGAGCAAGCCAGAGCUGGAGUUGUGCCGGCGGCUGGCCGAGCUGAUUGGUACCCGUGCUGCACGUCUCUCGGCGUGCGGUGUGGCCGCCAUCUGCAAGAAAAAGAACAUUGAAAGCUGCCAUGUGGGCGCUGAUGGAUCGGUGUUUAACAAAUAUCCGCAUUUCAAGGCCCGUGGUGCCCAAGCCCUCCGCGAGAUCCUUGACUGGCCCAAAGGGAAGAAGGAUCCUGUGGUCAUCCUCAGUGCCGAGGACGGUAGUGGUGUCGGUGCCGCUGUUAUUGCCGCCCUCACCCUCAAACGAAUCAAAGCUGGCAACACGGUGGGAGUGAAGGAACUGGAUACUUUGAAGGCACUUGUAUAG